CUUUCCUCACCUUCCACAUGAAAGAUUUUGUUACUGAUACAUGGAUUGGAUUAAAUGAUAUAAAUCAUGAACUAAGGUUCCUCUGGACAGAUGGAACAGGAGUUUAUUUUACAAACUGGGCCAAAGGCUUCCCAUCAGGCCAUACGGAUCUAUACUCAUAUGAUGGCCAGGCUGAUUGUGUUGUCAUGAGAAACAACCCUGUUAAGGAAGCAGGGAAGUGGGCUGAUGAGAGCUGUGAUAACAACAGAGGAUAUAUAUGCCAAACUAAUGCAGAUGCUGAGUUUCUGCCUUCUGCAAGUUCAUCCCCAUCCAGCAUUAUCCGUUAUGGUAACAGUAGUUAUUUGUUCAUCCAUACCAAAAUGAAAUGGGAGGAUGCACGAAAAAACUGCAAACGUGAUCAAUUUGAUCUUUCCAGUGUCUUAGACCCCUACAGUCAUUCGUUCCUGUGGCUAAAGAUAUUAAAAUAUGGGGUGCCUGUGUGGAUUGGUCUUAACAGUAAUGUGACCAAUGGGCGUUAUGAAUGGAUUGAUAACUGGAGAAUGAAGUAUACUAAAUGGGCUGAAGGGGAGCCAAAACAGCAAAUAGGCUGUGUCUAUCUAGACAUUGCUGGAGGCUGGAAGACAGGAUCCUGCAAUGAAAGUUACUUCUCUGUUUGCAAAAAACCUGAUGUUCAAGCUCCCACCGAGCCCCCUCAGCUUCCAGGAAAGUGCCCUGAAUCAGAAGGACACAAGUCUUGGAUCCCUUUCCGAGGUCAUUGCUACUAUAUUGAAUCUUCAUCUACAAGAAACUGGGCCCAGGCAUCUUUAGAAUGUCUUCGACUAGGUGCUUCUUUGGUAUCGGUUGAAGACUCAGCUGAAGCCAACUUUCUGACAUACACCAUUGAACCACUUGAAGGGAAAACGUCAACUUUUUGGACAGGAAUGUACAGAAAUGUGGAUGGAGAAUGGCUGUGGCUAGACAACACUGCAGUGAAUUUUGUCAACUGGAAUGUAGGAGAACCUUCCCCUCAACAAAGUGAGCACUGUGUUGAAAUGUACGCAAACUCUGGGUACUGGAAUAAUAUCUAUUGCUCUUCCUACAAAGGCUAUGUCUGUAAAAAGCCAAAAACAACUGACAUGCCACCAGCAAGUGAAAUGCCACCAGCUGAAAUGCCUACAAAGGCAAUGACAAAGGAUGAGAAGGCUCCUACUCUGACCCAUGGUAAAACAGGAGUUGUAGUUAUUGUUGUCAUCCUCAUCCUAGUUGGAAGCAGCCUUGCAGGCUAUCUCUUCUACAAAAGAAGAAAGAAUCGCUUGUCAACAAAUGACAGCUUCGAGAACAAUUUGUAUUUUAAUAGUGAUGCAGUUCCUGGAACUAGUGACACAAAGGAUCUUGUGACCAACAUAGAACAAAAUGAACAUGCGACACUGUAAUGUAAUAAAAUGAAAUGUAAUGUAAUAUGUAAUGUAAAAUGUAAUGUAAUAAAAUAUAAUGUGCCUUGUUUUAAUAAAAUUAUGCAA